ACAUUUUCUUGUAGCUGUCCCAUUUCCUCUUCCCUUCUCUUGUUUCCUUUUCGUGAGCGGCCAACAUUGGUUUGGUUUGGUGGUGACCAUGGAGAGGACGAGGGGGUUCUCGGGGUUGCCAUCAUCGUGGUGCAUCCUCUUGUGCCUGGCCGCCGCUUCGAUAGCGGCGGAGGCGGCUCCGUUGCCGCAGUACUACAACGCCAUUUUCAGCUUCGGCGACUCCUUCUCCGACACGGGCAACUUCGUCAUCAUCAACUCCGGCAAGCUGCCCAACAUGCCCAAGUUCCCGCCACCGUACGCCCGCUGCUCCAACGGCCGUCUCGUCAUCGACUUUCUCGCCGAGGCGUUGGGAGUGCCGCUGCUGCCACCGUCGGCGAACAAGGGCACUAACUUCAGCCAGGGCGCCAACUUCGCGGUGAUGGGCGCCACCGCGCUGCCGCUAAAGUACUUCUGGGACAACAACAUAUGGAGUAUCCCGCCGUUCAAUACUUCCAUGAACUGCCAGCUCGAGUGGUUCCAGGAGGUUAAGGAGACCAUCUGCUCCUCCCCGCAAGAGUGCAAGGACCUUUUCGGGAAGGCGCUUUUCGUGUUUGGCGAGUUGGGCGGCAACGACUACAGCUUCGCAUGGAAGGCGGAGUGGAGCACGGACAAGGUGAAGACGAAGAUGGUGCCCAAGGUGGUGGAGUCCAUCAUCCGCGGCAUCGAGGCCGUGCUUGAUGAGGGCGCGCGACACGUGCUUGUGCCGGGCAACCUCCCCGCUGGGUGCAUCCCCAUCACACUCACCAUGUACCCGUCUGAGAACCGUAGCGACUAUGACCCACGCACCGGCUGCCUAAAGAAGUUCAAUGGCGUCGCCCUCUACCACAAUGCCAUGCUCCGCAUCGCCCUCGACCAGCUCCAACGCCGCCGCCCGGAUUCCCGCAUCAUCUAUGCCGACUACUACACCCCCUACAUCCAGUUCGCGCGCACACCUCACCUCUACGGGUACAAGAGGGGGGCCCUAAAGGCAUGCUGCGGCGGCGGUGGCCCGUAUAACUACAACAUAAGCUCGUCAUGCGGGCUGCCCGGCGCCACGGUGUGUGACGACCCCGAUGCGCACGUCAGCUGGGACGGCAUCCACCUCACCGAGGCGCCCUACCGCUUCAUCGCCAACACCUGGCUCAAGGGCCCCUAUGCGCACCCGCCCCUCAUCAAUGUCGUUCGCGACGAUAUGGUCUAUUAAUCGGAAAUCCAAUUCGGUUUCCAGGAGCACACGCUCAAUAUGCUUUUUUCAGAUGUCAGAAAAAUCCAAAAAAUAGAUGUAUUCACACACAAAAAUGCUACCUGUGUUUUCUUUAGGUGCAAAGCUUUGGCAUUUUAACUUGUGGAAAAAAGGCAAGGUGAACACGAAGUGUUAGCUCCAAUAGAUAAUUUUAAUUUUUUACAAAGCAAUGCUAUACCAUUUGGCAUGCAAAUUGGCAAGCAUUCUUGUUAUACUAACAUGAGAUCUAAAAAUUCGAGUAAAUCCCAUUUUUGAUGCCCUACUUUCUGCUUUGUGACAGAUUUUACCCCCGGCUGUUUAUUUUUUGCUUUUUUUGCUUUUGGUUUGCUUGUUUUAGGAUUAUAACCCACCAUCUUGUACAGGGCCGGGCCAGCAAAAUUGAAGGCCCUGUGCCAAACAUUGAAAUGUGGCCUAUUUUAAA